CUCCGCAGGCCCCGGGGCACAGCCCUCUCCCUCACUGGCUUCCUCGAAGGGCUGUCGAGUCGAAUCCUCGGGGCUGGAGGGUGUGGGGUUGGGUGGAUCCGAGUGUUACCCGGGUGGGAGCCGGGAUCGGCUGAGCUGGGACGUGGUCUGGGACUGCUCCCGCGGGCCCUGGGGACACUCACAGGACCCCUUCCUGAACACGCCCCCUCCUCUGCCCCCCCAACUCCUCGCCGCCCCCAGCCCGCGCUCCACCUAUCCCCGGCUCCUCCCUCGGAGGCGCCGAGCACCCUCCCUCACAGCCUCAGCGCCCUUCCUCCCGAGCCUCCUCUCCCUCCCCCUCCCCACCCUGCUGUCUCUCCCCCUCCUCCAGGCCCCGGUCUUAAGCUCCCACUUUCCGUCACCUACUCUGGGCAUCAUGCCUCCAAACCGUCACCUGCACACCUAGCCCCGCGGUGCACCCUCCCGCGACCCCGCUCCUAAGGACUCCCACCUCUACCGCCCCCAGCCUGCUGCCUCGGGGCUCCCCUCCCGCUUCCUCCCCGCUCCCUCUCCCUCCGGUCUUUUCCUCUCCCCUCCCCGCGAAGUUUCGGGGCUGUCAGUCUGUCCGUCUUUCGGGCAGUAGGCACCCGAGCUGCAGGCAGCGGGCGCCAUUGUGAGCUGAACCAGCCAGGGCAGGAGGCCCGGGCGCCUGGGUCCCCGCCGCAAGCGGGUGAAGCAGCCGGCCGCCAGGGCUGGCUUCUAUUUCACCUGCUCAGGCAGUGACAGCUGGAGGGCCUAGGAGAUGAAGUUUCCCACUACCCACCCUGUCCUCCCACCUUCCACUUCCUCCCCAGAGAAUCCAGUGGUUCCUGCACUUCCCCAGGGUCUGUGGCCUGAUUCCCAAGAGGAGCUACUCCAGGUUGCCAUGAGGGAGACCUUGGAGGCCCUCAGCUCCCUGGGAUUCUCUGUGGGACAGCCAGAGAUGGCCCCCCAAAAUGAGCCCAGGGAGGGUUCCCAUAAUGCCCAGGAGCAGACGUCCUCUUCUAGGGAAGAGCGAGCACUGGGCUUGUGCUCAGGGCCCGAAGUUCCCAGGCGCCAGGAAGGUGCCCACCCUGAACAAGCUGAGACUCCCUGCAGAGGAGGCCAGGUGUGUACACCACAGAAGGCUGAGCCCAUGGGCUCCUGCCCAGGGGAUGAGUGGAUGAUUCGAAAGGUCAAAGUGGAGGAUGAGGAUCAGGAGGCCGAAGAGGAAGUGGAAUGGCCCCAACAUCUAGCGUUACUGCCCAGCCCUUUUCCUACGCCUGAACUGGGUCACUUGGCUGCUGCCUACAAACUGGAGCCAGGCACGCCAGGGACGUUGGGUGGGCUCGCGCUGUCCGGGUGGGCUCCGGUCCCGGAGAAGCCCUAUGGCUGUGGAGAGUGCGAACGGCGCUUCCGGGACCAGCUGACCUUGCGGCUGCACCAGAGGCUGCAUCGUGGCGAGGGCCCCUGCGCCUGCCCGGACUGCGGCCGCAGCUUCACGCAGCGCACGCACAUGCUGCUGCACCAGCGCAGCCACCGCGGAGAGCGGCCCUUCCCGUGUUCUGAGUGCGACAAGCGCUUCAGCAAGAAGGCGCAUCUGACCCGCCACCUGCGCACGCACACGGGCGAGCGGCCCUACCCGUGCGCAGAGUGCGGCAAGCGCUUCAGCCAGAAGAUACACCUGGGCUCGCACCAGAAGACCCACACUGGCGAGCGGCCCUUCCCUUGUACCGAGUGCGAGAAGCGCUUUCGAAAGAAGACCCAUUUGAUUCGGCAUCAGCGCAUCCACACCGGCGAGAGACCCUACCAGUGCGCACAGUGCUCACGCAGCUUCACCCACAAGCAGCACUUGGUGCGGCACCAGAGGGUGCAUGAGGCGGCCAGCAGGGCCCAGCCUUCUCCCGAGGCGUCGGCCUCACCUGGUUCUCCCGCCGCGUUCCCCGCUCCCUCCCCUCAAGGGCCGAAGCCUUUCGCCUGCUCUGACUGCGGCCUGAGCUUCGGCUGGAAGAAGAAUCUCGCCACGCAUCAGUGUCUGCAGCGCAGCGAGGGGCGUCCUUUUGGGUGUGACGAGUGCGCACUGGGCACCACCGUGGACCCCACUGAGGCCGAGCCCCUGGCCUGUGCUACCCGUGGGCCAGACUGCGGUCCAGGGUCGGGCCCCAUAGCUCCCCAGAGCGCCCCAGCAGGUGAUCGGUCCUUCUUCUGCCCAGACUGUGGGCGCGGCUUUGCCCACGGGCAGCACCUGGCGCGGCACCGGCGCGUGCACACUGGAGAACGGCCCUUUGCUUGCGCUCAGUGUGGCCGUCGCUUCGGCUCGCGGCCCAACCUGGUUGCCCAUUCCAGGGCCCACAGUGGAGCCAGGCCCUUCGCCUGCGCUCAGUGCGGCCGCCGCUUCAGCCGCAAGUCACACCUGGGCCGCCACCAGGCGGUGCACACGGGCAGUCGCCCCCACGCCUGCGCUGUCUGUGCCCGCAGCUUCAGCUCCAAAACCAACCUGGUCCGCCACCAGGCGAUCCAUACGGGCUCCCGCCCCUUCUCCUGCCCGCAGUGCGGCAAGAGCUUCAGCCGCAAGACCCACCUGGUGCGGCACCAGCGCAUCCACGGCGAAGCCGCUCACUCGGCCUCAGACACAGACCUCUCGGCGCCGGCCUGGCCCACUGCUGCCCAGGUGGCGCCACCCCCAAUCUUCUUCUGAGCCCCUGCCCUGGUGGGGAGCCUGGGCUGCUGCCAGGCGGCUUAGAGCCCUGUGGGCCGGUUCCUUUCCCCGCGUGUCAAGGGGAGCAGUCCUCGAAGACUGGUGCGCAGCGAGCCCCUGCGUGAAGCUGUUGAGGCCUUAGUCCUUGGGAGACUACCACCCCGACGGCUUGCUCAGAAAAGCCUGGGCUGUGUACUGGGGAGGGAGAGAAUAGUUAUCUAUAAGCAGAAAGUGUGUGAGAGUUCAAAACCGCAAGUUCUGGGCAGUUAGUGGUUAGGGGAGGAGACCCCUGACUCCUUCCCCUGCCCCCGCUCUGCCUGCCCAUCAACAAACCCCGAUGACCUUUCUGUUCUGGAGAAGUUCAAUGUGGCCAGCUGCUGUUCCCUCGCUCUUGCAAAUCAAAACGUGAAACACCCCAUGGCCCAACCUCUCCCCUGCCCCCUGCUUCUGAGGCGUUGUACGAGGAAGAAGCACUGGUGUGCUCUCCCUGCAGACCGGAACUGAAGCGAAUGCCGGCAGGCAGGCCGCCCUUUGGCCAUUCCCAUGGAGACCGCGGCCAGCCUGGGCCCUGAGCCCUGGGAGCAGCUCUGCGAAGGGCUCUGGAGCAGCCGGCCUCACCUGCCGCCAGCCUGGCUGGUCGCAGCCAAGAGCAGAUGGAGGUCGCUUUCCCAGCACACUUUGGAGUGCACUCUCUCUUGGUGAGAGUUGCUGUGACUGCACUCUCCCAACCAGGGGAAGGCCUGAGGACAUCAGGAGAGCUCGCAGAGGUCAAGGGAGGUUGCCAAGGUUGCAGACUACAGUGAGGCCUGAAAAAGGUGUGAAGGGGCAGAAGGAGGAGGAGCACUGGGGAUGGCAGUAAAGGGCAGAAGGGUGGUGGGGAGAAUGCCGGCCUUGGAGUUCCUGUGGAGCACAGCAUUCAUUUUCCCUGGGCCUCCACUUUCUCAUUAAAACACAGAGUUGAUGUGGACGAGGGCUGAGGCUUUUUCCUUGUUAAUGCUGCUAGCACCAAAGAUAAUCCUAGGAAGUAUUUGUUGGUGGCCUGCUCUGUGCUGGCACAGUGCUAGUGAGCAUGAGUGAGGGAAGAGCCCUCACUGCGCUCCCAGUUGAUGUGAGAAGUGCUGUUGUGGGGGGAGUCCCAAGGGUCCCUGGGCUGUGUGGGAAGAACAUCCCCAGACCUGUACCAGGUUGAGCGAGGUUCGCAGGAUGUAGCUACGUCUCAGGUGAGUGGAGAAAGGUCAUGAUUGGAGAGGGUGGUGUGGAUGAAGGCCCAAAGGGCAGUGAGGCUGAAGCGGCCACCAAGCGGGCUGAGAAGCCUGGGAAGUAGCCUGAGGGCCAGUGAGGCCUCUCCCAUGUUCAGGAGCUUGGACUGUACCCAAGGGAGUGAGGGACCACAGCAGGGUUUAGGAGCAGAAGGAACUUGGCACAUUCACGUUUGUGCACAUUACAAAGAUGUCAGACUUGAGGGAGGGAGACUGGACACAGUGACCUGGGGCCAUGGUCGUGCAGAGGAGAGGGGGAAGUGAUACACUCAAGAGACCCUUGAGGCAGAUGGGGCAGGACUUACUGAUGAAUGAGGGAUGGAGAGGGAGUGGGGGGCUUAGGCAGGGUUAGUCUGGUUUCUGCUUGACUAACUGUGCAGGUGAUCGUGGCAUUCCAUCAGCAGGUUACCCAGGAAGGAGAGUUUCAUGCUAAGGGAGGACGCUUGGACCUGACAGGUUAGUGUGGCCUGCGUAUGACCAGUGGGAAGUAGGGUGUACAGAUGCAGAGCUAAGAGGGCUGGGCUGGAGACAAGUGGAUUUGAGAACUACCCCUGUAAUUGUCUGAAGCUAUGGGGUAGUGGGUGAACUUCCCAAAGAAGUGCGUGUUGAGUGAGAAGAGAGGCAGCCUGGGUCAGGACCCUUUGGGCCAGCACCACUAGGGAAUGGCCUCGAGAGAAGCCUGUAGACCAGGAAAGUAAGGGUGCCGGAGAAUGGACAGGAAAACCUCUUGAGUGGUAAUGAAAAAGGAGCUAGGCAAAGACACUGUACCUGGACAGAGGGAGCAAUUGCAGGUUGUAGGGAGAUCACAUAAACUAAGGACCUCCAUAUGCGGCUGUAUCUGCAUUGGCAGUCCUGGAGAGAGCAGUGCUGAUGGUUGCUGGGGUAGAAUUUAGGUUGCAGAGGUGAAUCACACAAGUGAGGUCCUAAAGCAGGUAGAAGACAGUGACACCUGGACACAGGUGAGGGGUAGCUGUUGGGUAGGAAGCCUCUUUCACUGUUGGGCCUGGGGAGGCAUGAAUGCAGGUAAGUUUUUAGGCUUCAUGGCCGAGAAUGAGUAGGUGACUCCAGGUUAAGGUAGUAGAUGUGAUCGGAAAACAGGAAUGGACCCUUCUCCAUGCCAGUAUUUUAAAUAUCUGGAAAUUUCACAGAAAAGUCAGCGCUUCUAGCUCCUCUUGUCAAAACUCAGAAGAUUUGACAACCAAUGGCUGGAUGCGAGCAGAAGUUCACCUCUUUAGACUAAGGGACCAGGGUCCUCACUACUCCCCAUUGUCCUAAACCCCUGCUCGGUGUCUCUCUCUGAAGUCACCUACCUGCCCUCUCAGGCACCGAGCUUGUAAUUCUAGCUAGAAAAGUAAAUCUCCUCAACUUCUACAAUUAAACACAUGAAAACGA